AUGGUAUCCCUCAAAGUCCUCUCCUUGCUCACCCUCCUCGGGAUCACCACCGCUCAAAAUGCCACCCUGCGCUACAUGCCCUUCGGUGACUCCAUCACGGAGAUCACCUGCUGGCGCUCGCUCCUCUGGGAGAAACUGCAAACCACGGAAUGGGCCUCUGUGAACUUCGUCGGCAGCGGCAAGAACGAGAACAACUGCAAAGAUACCAAGUAUGAUCGCGACAACGAGGGCCACUCAGGCUUCCUGGCCAUUGACAUCGCGAAUAAAAACCAGCUCGACGGCUGGCUGAAGACAAAUCCCGCGGAUGUGAUUACGAUGCACCUGGGGACGAAUGAUUUCGUGCAGCAGAACAAGCCUGUGGCGGAUGUUAUCACGGCGUUUACGAAGUUGGUGGGGACGAUGCGGACUCACAACCCCAAAAUGAAGAUUGUGGUCGCCCAGAUCAUCCCCAUGGGAAUCGGCUCGUACAACACCAAGAUCCAGCAACUCAACGCUCAGAUCCCGACCUGGGCCGCUGGGCUCAACAAGACCGAGUCGCCUAUCUGGGUCGUGGACCAGUACACUGGCUUUUCUGGCUCGAGCGACUUGCGCGAUGGUGUGCAUCCGAAUGCGAGCGGAGACCAGAAGAUGAUGAAUGUUUGGUAUCCGGGGUUGCUUAUGGCAUUGGCGGCGGCUAAGGCGGACCAGGGGACGACUACUGCGGUCAAGUUCAUCGCAUGA